GACCUCAUGACGUCAUGCCCUCAAAGAAGCCAAUACAUUCUAGGCUUUUUCGCCGCUUCCUGCUUUGCGGCUGUCAUUGAUUCUGGUCCAUCCUCCUCCUGAUGUCCGCCUGUCCCCGCAUUACACCGCACUUCUAGCCAUGUGAUGCCCGGAGCCGGUCUGCCCGGUGAUGUCUGACCCUCAGCCUCCUGUGCUGGCUUCUAGCUCCUGGCACUGCCAGGCUGAGCUGGCCUCUGUGCUGAAGUUGUCUGGAGCUGACCUUCCUGCCCCGGAGGAGGAGGAGGAGCCCUCUAGGGAGCACUGUGUACGUCUGGAGCAGCCAUCCCCCCCUGAAGUAGACCCGGCAUGCACCCUGUCUUUACAGUGCGCAGCUCAAGGGAAAGAUCACAUACUGAGUGUCACAAUCUGCAGUGAAGCAAGGACCAUCGAGGUUUAUGGAGGGUCCCAAGAUGGACAAGAAGAGGAGUACUUGGGAACUGGCCGAGGAGAGAGAUUCUGCACCUUGGCCUGCGAAGGAGAAGACAGUCCUGUCAUUUUGUACAGAACUCACCUGAAGCUCCAGUUCCCGGUGCCAUCGUGUACGGUCAAGCUGCUGUCCCUUGGUGGACGGUGCAGUGUCCUGCUGAGUGAGAUUUCAGUGCAAAUGACCCCCGUCCCUGAAAGAUGUCGUCACGUGCCCAGCGUUCCAGGGCCGUCCAUUAAUCUAGACCGCGUGCAGAGUAUCAUGGACAGCAUGGGUGGGAAAAUGUCACCUGGAGCAGAGCAACUCAUGAGCAUGGUGCGUGCUCAGCAGAAGCAUCAGGCACCUUUUGGAGCCCACUUCAUGCAGCUCUUUGGAAGCUUUCAGCACGGCAGGCAUCCGACUACAGAGGAGGCCAAACAACAUACGGUUCCUGAGACAAAAACAGAAAAUCACGGUCAGACAUCUGCCCUUCAUCCCUCAAUCCAACUUGCAAGUCCUGGAAAUGAUGUGAAGUCCAUUAUGCCUUCACUGCUGCAAAGUUUACUUGGCCCGGCUGCAAGUUCUUCUGGUCCUGACUCUUUGGUGCCUCUCCUGCGCAAUCUUUGUGGAGAAAACCAACAAGAACCCUACUUGGCUUUAAAAGAGGAAAAGACUGGUUCAUCAUUGGAGAAGCUUCUGUCCGCCCACAUGGAGCGUAUGGAGAGGACCCUUCUGGCGCAUAUCGAUGAGAGGAUGAGGAGUUUACAGGAGCACCUGGACACUAGGCUAGACCGGCUAAUGCAUCUAAUGCCGGGCAAGUCAGCAUCCGAAAACUCUGCAGAGAAACUGCUCAAUGGCCAAUGUGAUCAGGACUGUGGCGAAUGACCCUUGAACUAGUCAUGGGACCUGCCCAGCGUCGUCCUGGACCCGUUACAUAAACACGUUAAUGGUCGGUAAGGGUUCUGCAGUAAAUUUAAAGAGGUAUUCCGGUUUACACUUAUUUAUUUAGCGAAUAGGACAUUGAACCCUUUUCUAAUAUAUAUUUAUUAAAAAUUUUGCUUGCAGACCUUUAUUAUAUCCACACAACAGCCUCUCCACAGAGAAAACCAAAAUGGUACGGCCCAUUUUCGUCCUGUAAAAUGCAUCCGUAGGAGAGCUGGAUAGAACUAUACAUGGCGUCAGUCUUGUGACCUGGCUUUGAGUUAAAGGGGUUA